AGGAAGUGGACGGGGUGUGUGGUGCAGCAGGGGAGAGAAGAAAAACCGACGGAAGAAGAAAUGUUUCCGACUCCGCGCCUGCUGACGAGCGCUUCCUUCUUGCGCCGCUUGUUCCGGUUCCCGUUCAACACCCAACCUGAGCUGGACGAGUCCAAGCUGAAUCCCUGCCAACGGGCAUUGUUGGAAGAACGGUGUUUGCUGGUCACAGAGCGAGAUGCUGUGACUGGAUCGGCGACCAAGCGAGACUGCCAUUUGUGGCAAAACGGGUCGUGUCCCCUGCACCGCGCCUUCUCAGUGUUCCUCUUCAAUGGGAAGGGCGAGAUGCUGGUCCAGCAGCGGGCCAUGACCAAGAUCACGUUCCCGGGAUUUUACUCCAACACCUGUUGUAGUCAUCCACUGGACACACAAGAGGAACUACAGGAGAAGGACUUCAUUGGAGUUCGUCGAGCUGCUGUGAGAAGGUGCGAAUAUGAGUUGGGUAUCCAACUCGACCCGCAAGACCUCACGGUGGUGACAAGAGUACUCUACAAGGCUCCUUCCACCGACGUUUGGGGGGAACACGAAAUCGACUACGUCCUGUUCGCCAGGAAAGACGUUAAAUUAUUACUCAACCCCAACGAGGUUCAGGACUUCAAAUGGAUCCCGCGUGAGAAUUUCCAGGAAUUCCUGGCCAAGUGCACAUCCAGAGGUAUUCCACUAACCCCCUGGUUCCAAAUCGUCGCUGCAAAGUUUCUUCAGCACUGGUGGCAGAAUCUAGACAACCUCAAAGCUGUUCAAGAUCUAGAAAACAUCCACAAGGUGAUAUCCGUGAGCGGAACCGAAGUGGAAGAUAUGGAUGUUCGUUUGCAAAUCCUGAAAAGUGUUUGAAUGAAUGUUGGAAUUUGUGAGGAAAAGAAAAGAAGCGUUAUUUCAUAUAGUUCUUUUUUUUUUCAUUUUCCGAAACGGACCCGCCGCCGCGAGAGAAGAUCAAAAGAAACACCUUAAGCCGU